AUGUGCCUUUCAACGUUCCUUGAUCAUCGAUCACACGAGCUUGGAGCACCAGAAGCAGAGGACUUACAGGGGUCGCAGCGCCAGAACGUGCAGAACCCUAGCAUGCCCCAGGUCUCGCGAGAUCUCCUCCCAGCGCCGCGCGACGUCAUCCCCUCGGGGGCUGAGGCGGCCGCAGGGACCGCGCGUCCUUACCCACAGGGGCGGACCGUAUCCCUCCGCCUCUCUGAAGCAGCUGGAAUAACAGAUACAGGAGGCUCUUUUGUAAGUGCCACAACAUUGAUAUAUGGGAUUGAUUUCUCUAUUCUUGGGAAAAGGGAAUUGAAUGACCUGGCCCGGGACCCGCCAGCACAGUGUUCAGCAGGUCCUGUUGGAGAUGAUAUGUUCCAUUGGCAAGCUACAAUAAUGGGGCCAAAUGACAGUCCCUAUCAGGGUGGAGUAUUUUUCUUGACAAUUCAUUUCCCAACAGAUUACCCCUUCAAACCACCUAAGGUUGCAUUCACAACAAGAAUUUAUCAUCCAAAUAUUAACAGUAAUGGCAGCAUUUGUCUUGAUAUUCUACGGUCACAGUGGUCUCCAGCACUAACUAUUUCAAAAGUACUCUUGUCCAUCUGUUCUCUGUUGUGUGAUCCCAAUCCAGAUGACCCUUUAGUGCCUGAGAUUGCUCGGAUCUACAAAACAGAUAGAGAAAAGUACAACAGAAUAGCUCGGGAAUGGACUCAGAAGUAUGCGAUGUAAUUAAAGAAAUUAUUGGAUAACCUCUACAAAUAAAGAUAGGGGAACUCUGAAAGAGAAAGUCCUUUUGAUUUCCAUUUGACUGCUUUCUAUGAGCCCACGUCUCAUCUUCCCCUGUGCACAUGUUUACCUGAUACAGCAGUGCUGCGUGUUGUACAUAUUUGGAAGCAACAAACUAGAAAUACUGUACUUCUGUACCAACAUUGCCUCCUAGCAGAGAAGUAUGUGUGUGACAAGCCAGUUCUGCAGGCGUAACCUAGGUGUGAGACUAAAAAGCUUUCCUUACUGACUUAAAUUUGGAUAACAGCACGGUGUGAGGGGUGGUGGGUACAUGUGUGUGCUUGGGUGGGGAAAAGCUCCACUGACCUAUAGGAGAUGUUUUUAAGUGGAAUCCAUUUAAACUCAAAACAGUAACGAAAAACAAGGUGAACAUGAAACUGUUUCUAUAUUCAUUCUAUUCUGAAGGAUCUAUAACUUAGGUGAAAGUUAUGACCAA